GAGCCGGGGUUUGCCAUCGUGGCCGUGCUCCCUCACGGAGGGUGGUUCUCGUUACCGACCGGUCUCGCUGCCGGGAGGAGGCGCCCGCAUUGAGACGGGCAUCCCCCACAGCUCCCCGCGCUGUCGGUGCCUCCGAGCGGGGCCCGAUGGACAAAUACGUGGUUAAACGGCCUCCCGGGGAGACGGGGGGCGGCGGCGGCGGGAAGAGGCCGCGGGCGGAGGAGCCCGCCUCGGGGCAGUCCGCCUGGCAGGAGAUCCGCGCGGAGGGCCUGAGCUGCGACUACCGGCUCCUCUUCGGCAAGGCUGAGGCUGACGAGAUCUUCCAGCAGCUGGAAGAGGAGGUGGAGUACUUCGAAGGUGACAUGACGAAAUUGCACGUGUUUGGCAAAUGGCAUGACAUUCCAAGGAAGCAGGUAACCUACGGAGACCCUGAGUUAACAUACACUUACUCGGGCGUUACCUUUUCUCCAAAGCCGUGGAUCCCAGUUCUCAAUCGUAUCAGAGACCGCAUCACUUUGGACACAGGACAUACUUUUAAUUUUGUUCUCAUUAACAGAUAUAAAGAUGGUGGGGACCACAUAGGUGAACAUCGAGAUGAUGAGAGAGAACUGGUUCCACGCAGUCCUAUUGCAUCUGUGUCCUUUGGAGCUUGCAGGGACUUUGUUUUCAGGCACUGUGAUUCCAGAGGGAAAAAUGCAACGCGCCACAUUAAGCCCAUCAAACUGCAGCUAGCCCAUGGUAGCCUGCUGAUGAUGAAGUACCCCACCAAUGUGUAUUGGUACCACAGCCUGCCCACCCGCAAGAGAGUACUUGCCCCAAGAAUCAACCUCACAUUUCGGAAAGUGAUGACUAUAGCCAAGAAGUGAAAUACUCAGCAAUCAAGCACCAGGUCUUUUGACUCUGAAAAUAGAAGCUUUCUUCCCCAACAUAACAGUCAAUUUCUCAUUCAAACACUGUCUUUGAUGAUCCAAGGUACAAGAUGAACAAAUUAAACCAGGAGAGGAGAUAGCAUACUUGGUAACUUGCUAAUAAAGACUGCGACUACUGAUCUUAAAUACCAAGAAUACUUUUUCUCCGUGACAUGUUGCUGUAGUCCUGCUGAUACAUAUUUUUAAUGAGCAAUACCCUUGUUUUGCUCAGGAGGAAGUUUGUUCUCAACUGAUCAUAAUCUAGCUAGUUUUCCAAAAAGAUCAAAAUACUCUAUAUCCUUGAGAUAGCGGUGAAAUAGUUUAUAAAUACCAUAAAGUACAAGAUGUAAUCAUUUGGAGGGAGCCUGGAAGCUGAUACUGUUCAACAGGUGACACUUUCUUGUAUGCUCUGUCAAUAAGCUAUGGUUUGCUUGUUUUUUUAAAAAAAUAAAAUACAAAUAAGACUGACAUGAAAAAGAGGAGUGCUAAGAGAUUAAUAUAGUGAGUGCAACAUGGCUGGCUGCGUGUUUUACAGUCUCUAUGACUUUUGUCUGCAUAUGUUUCUCCGGUGCUCUACCUCCUCUGCUGAUGUGGGAGACUGGGUUCUUUCAGUCAGUAGUGUGGUGGGGCAGGAGGAAGCACGACGUGCUACUGCACAGGGAGAGGGCCUCUUCUUCCUUGGGUCCUUUGCAGAGAAACCAGGAAGCAUAAGAUGACCUUUUGGGGAAAGACUAGGUUGGACCAUUUAUAUGGACAACACAGCAUGAAAGGCUAUAACUUCUGAGAGUGUCUGUUUUCUAAAUAAUUAUUCCUAGGGAUUCCAUGCUGGCUACCUGAAAGCCAUCACCUUCCAUGCUGACAGUUAAUCCUGCCGAAAUGAGGAAAGACCGUCCAAAGCCACCAACGGGUCUCGCGGAAUCAAGUGAUGGUAAGUACUGAGCGAGAAUGUGAACUGAUCCUUGUGUAACCAGGCUACAAGCAUCUGAAUUAGUGAUGGGCUCUAUCCUUCAGCGGUAGGUCCGUUAGGGCUACGGAAUUAACAUCUGUUUAGACAAUUUGGAGUUGGUACUUCCCACCCCCUGCCACUACCAGAAAAUGAAGUGUGAAGAGCUCCUGCAUGAAUGCUUCUCAUCCA